AUGUCCGGCAUGGGCGCCACUUUCUAUCCCGGAAAUGAUGAUUACAUGAUGCCCGAACUCAAUAUCGUGUCUCCAGCCCCUCAGAGAGUAAUGCCCGAAGUUCCUGGACACAUAACAGACAGUUUGAAGCAUCUUGAAAUCGACGGCAGCAACAUGAUGAAUCAACGAAACCAAGGAAACUAUCCUCAGGGAAACUAUGUCGAUCCCUAUUCUACACCAUCGCAAGGUCGACCUUUAAGCGACGACCGAGGGGUUCGAUCUAGUUAUGCUUCGUCGUACCACUCAUCGAUAGGAGAUGACUACCGGUUUUCGGGAAUGGAGGAUCCAGUAUUCUCUCCGUUUCCAAGGCUCAUCAAUCCUGGCCCAAACAUCCCCCCGACAGAUGAAGAGAAGGAAGCGCAGAUUGAGGGGGCUCGUUUGGAGGUGCUCUCAUCGAACGACCCUGAGAUGCAGUUGAUAUGGGCCCAGGACGCGUUGAGCUAUGUCGAAGUUUCGGUAGCAUACCACAACCGAAUCUAUGAAGGCUCAGAAAGACCAAUGACUCCUGCGCUUGAGCAUCAAAUCAAAACAGAUGCCAUUAGUGUUGUAAGCUUUCUAGCUGAUCAACACCAUCCAAGGGCAGAGUUUAUGAGGGGAAACUGGCUGGAGUUCGGAAAAUUUGGAUUCAGGAUAGAUAAAAAGGAGGCUUUCAGGUGUUAUGCCCGGGCAGCGGAAAAAGACUUUGCUCGCGCUGAGUAUAGGAUGGGGAUGCAGUUUGAGAAUUCUAAUGAGCCUAUGAAAGCGAUUAAGCAUUACAAUCAGGGAGCGAAUUUGGGCGACUCAGCAUCCAACUACAGACUUGGAAUGAUGACAUUGCUGGGGCAACAUGGCCAAAAGCAAGACUAUGCAAGGGGUGUUAAUCUCAUUAAGCAAGCAGCUAACACUGCCGACGAAAACGCACCCCAAGGGGCAUAUGUUUAUGGCAUGUUGUUAGCUCGAGAGCUUCCCGGUAUAGAAAUUCCGGAUCUUUUCUUGCCUCUUGAUAUUAGACAGGCAAGAGAGAUGAUCGAGAAAGCAGCUUUUCUCGGGUUUGCUCGUGCGCAACUUAAGAUGGGAACAGCGUAUGAGUUGUGUCAAUUAGGGUGUGAUUUCAACCCAGCGCUAUCUCUCCAUUACAAUGCCCUGGCCGCAAGGCAAGGCGAGCCGGAGGCGGAUAUGGCCAUUAGUAAAUGGUUUCUAUGUGGUCAUGAAGGUGUAUUCGACAAAAACGAAGAAUUAGCAUUCAAGUACGCCCAACGGGCAGCAGCAGCAGGACUCGGAACCGCCGAAUUUGCAAUUGGAUACUUUUACGAAAUCGGGAUGUACGUCCAAGUCGACUAUAAAGAAGCGCAACGGUGGUAUGCGAAGGCUGCGGCACAUGGUAACAAGGAUGCUAGCGGCCGAAUUGACGGUAUAUCACGCUCAAAAACACUAUCCCGAAAGGACCACGAGGCUGUUGCCAUUUCAAAAAUUAAAGCACGACACGGAUCCCAAAGACUCCGCAACAAUCCCCUCACGGAGAGGCAGCAAUCGGCUGCAGCCCCCAUUAUGAGUCCGUUAGAGGAGGCCGUAGAUAUGCCGGAUCCCACAAUUCCUGGAGGUAAUUACAAUUAUAAUUCUGGUCCCCCACCCGGUCAACGCCCCACAAGACAGGCCACCAUGCCCAACAUCAAUCCAGGUUUUAUUUCGCCAGAAAUAGCUAGCCAUCUGCAACCCUUUGGUGUACCCCAGUCUCCUGCCCAAGCAAGGCCCGGUUCCGCUGCCCCCUACCCUCUCUCCGGCCCCGGACCUGGACCUGGACCCCAUCCGCGUGGACCAGGUGCUUUUGUUAUGGGUGGAGGACCUCCUCCUGGAAUGAUCCCCCCAGCAGGUACAUAUCCCGCUGGCCCACCUCGCCCGUUCACUGCCAUGAGCGACAGCAGCCCUAGCCGAAGACCAUCCGGUGCCGGAGGACAGCCAUACGGCCCUCCACAACAACAAGGAUACCCACCACACUCGCCAGAAGCUGGUUAUCCUGGAGGAUUUAACGGUGAAACAGUUCCCCGCAUUCAUACUCCAAAACCGCCGGGACUCCCGUCAGGCCCUGCUCCCGUUAAUAUUGGGUUCGAAGCACCUGAGAGACCCAAACCGUCAAAGACCGCUCCUCCUAGUGGGCCAAUAGCGCCUCCUCCUUCUACUACUUCAAAUUCUGGUCGGCCGGGAACAUCUCAAGGUUCAGCCCCACCAAGGCAGCAGCAGCAGCAGCAGCAGCAGCCCAUGGCGCCUCAACAUGGAGGUGGGCAGGCUGGCCAUGAACUUUUUGAUGGUCCGCCCACCCCUACAAACAAAACUCAGAGACCAACCACAGCCGAGUCGACACCAAAACCAGUUUCGGCACCACUUCCUAAACCCCCAGGCAAGGGGCCAAAGACUUUUGAAGAUAUGGGCGUCCCUCAGGCCCCCAAACAAGAUGGAGAUUGCAUUAUCAUGUGA